AAUCACAUGUGUGUCGACUGUCCAGUUCGGUCCAGUUGGACAAGAGUCGCAACGGACGGUUAUGACGAAAAGACAAGUGUUUCUGUCAGAGCGAGGCAAAAAUUGAUCAGUCCGAGUUUUCCCCUCAUAUUGAAAGACUACUUAUUUACGAUCUUUCGAUGCACAGAAGUUUUUAUUUUGUCCCAACAAUCUAAAAUGAUUGAGCAUCACGCUGAAAGUAUUGUAUGAGAAGAACCACUGUAAUGUGAACAUGACUUCAAGAAUGUUCCAUAACCAUGGCAACCAGACUCAUUAUGAAGAAGAGAAUGAUGCCCUUUCUCAGCAAAACAAGUGGCUUCUAAUGUGUGAGAGUAUCAGUCUUGGGAUCAUUAUCAUCACAUCUCUUGUUGCCAAUAUGGUUGCCAUAGGAACGAUUAUGCGCCUGCGCAGUCUUAGGAACGUCCCUCAUCACCUUCUUGUCUUGAAUCUCAGUAUUGCCGAUUUAGGAAUCACACUAACCAGCAUGCCUUUCGCCCUUUAUUCUAUCUUCGAUGGUGGGGUUCUUUUGAGAAGCAACGCAAUACUUUGCAAGGUCAACGGUUUCUUUGCAACAAUGUUCACCCUUGCCAACUUUCCAACAGUGCUUGCCAUAGCCAUCGAUCGAUUCUUGAUAGUCGUCUAUUCCAGUCGUUUCCCACCAAACACCUUCCGGAUAUUCCUCAUGAUCACCGUUUCAUGGUGUUCAGCUUUUAUCAUGGCCUUCAUGCCCAGUGUUCAUGUCCUCUCCAAGUAUUCCUACUCACCAAACACAUGGCAUUGCUCUCCUAGGUGGGGUCACAAUAUCUUCCGUAUCGCUUGUGCCAUUUUAAUCUUUGGGCUGGCGAUUCCGAUGGUUGCUGUCUGCUACGCGGCGAUUGUGUACUUCAUCUGGAACAAGCAAAAGCUUCUAAGGUCAUACAGCAAGAGGGAACAACAAGUUUUCAAGGAUCGCAAAAGGAUGUCACGAGAUCAAAGACCGUUCGUGCCAAGAUGCUACAAAUCGACAGUGACCUCGCAUCAGCUAUCCCCAUCACCUGUAUCCUGUGAUGGUGAUGAAGAUGGUGAGUUAUGCAGUUUAGAACAUCAAUCCGGAUGUCAACCAGAUGAUCUACAGGAUGCUCAGAUGAAACUCAAUCAAGAGAACAAGAUCAUACCUUAUCUCACAAAACUGCAGAAUCCAACCUGUGAGGAGGAUUUCAAAGAAAAAGCUUUAAAUACCGAGGCUCCAUUUGAAUCACGCAAUAUUGAUAAGUUGGAUAAGAGAUCUUUUCGCAGUGCUGCCGUAGUUACAGAAUCAUCGAAGACAUCGGCUAUUGUGAACAAGUCCCUGACACAAUUUACUGCCUUGUCUGAACCAAGCUGGGAGGAAUCUGAUGUCGUUGAUCAAGAUCGUGAUCAAAAGAGGCAACAUGAAUCCAGACAGAGACAACUCUCUGCAGACAAGAGGGUUGCAAUAAUGGGUGCCCUCCUCGUCUUUACCACACUUAUCUGCUGGAUGCCCUAUCUCCUUGUCCAUUCAAACUACAUCCGGGUCAACGAAGGUCAUUGGUUUGGUGUCUUUACCAUGUUACUAGGAUACACAAAUGCCAUUUGGGAUCCGCUUAUUUAUACUUUUAUCAACAAGCAAGCCAGGAAGGAAUGUAAGAAAUACUUCCGGUUCAUCGCAACAUCCUCGAGAAGCCUUCGCGGAUCGGUCGUCAAACAAAACUGAGGGAACUUUCUAUCUUCGUUGGAUUUCAUACGAUAUAGGCUUUUAUAUGAUUAUGUACUUAACUUUAUUCAAUGAAUAUACUCUGAAAGAAGUUUUCUUGCAGAGAGCGUCAGGUAUCAUCAACGGGAUAAGUUGUGCUUAUUCACUUCAAAUUGUGAUUAAUAAGUCCGUUGUUGACCCCGGGAUAGAUGAGGGGUGGGGGCACUACCAUUACAAGUUGUCAUUUUUUCAAGCAAUCUGAUUAUGAUGACAAACCUUCUCCUGCUAUUUUUUGUUAAUAGUUUUAAUACAUUCAUUCUAUGAUUCAUGCCAAAAAUAGUUAACGAUUUUAUGUUUGUUAUGUUAUGAUUUUUUUUUUAUACGAAUCAUAAUAAAAUGUAUGCAGAAGAGAACAUUAAAUCAAAUCAAACCAAUCGUAUAAAGGUAGAAUACUCGUAUGCACAAAAGCACUUGGGGUUGAUUUUUACGGCCAAGGGGUGUACGUACGUGCAAGGACUAAUGAUCAUUAGGAAUGUGUCGUUGCCAUGCUUGUAUUCGGGGGGGGGGGGUUGGGCUCGUGGCCCGGCCCCCCGAGUAGGCGAAAAAUGGGGCGUCAAAAAGGAAGAAAAGAAAAUGGGGGAGAAAAAAGAAGGGAAAGAAGAAGAGAAAGAGAAAAAAGGAGGAGAAAGAGAAGGGGGAAAAAAGAAGAGAAAGGGGGGGGGGGGCGCCAAAUUGAUAUUCGACUUUAUUAGGGGGCGCCGAGUUGAUGUUCGACAUAGGGGCGCCAAAUUCAUGUUCAACCUAGGGAGGGGGUGCCAAAUUCCGCAUACAUUCGUAAUUACGACGCUUCGUUAUUCCGAAGGUUCGUUAUUCCGAAGGUUCGUUAGUCCGAAAACGAAAUGAGGUUCGUAAUUCCGAAGGUUCGUUAGUCCGAAACGAAAUGAGGUUCGUAAUUCCGAAGGUUUGUUAGUUCGAAAAACGAAAUGAGGUCCGUUAAUCCGAAAAUGUAAAAAAAAAGCCAAAAAAUGGGGUCUUUAUCACCCCUAUUCUGGUCCAAACAAUCAACCCCCCCUCGCGCAGAGCAAUUUUUUAUUAAGUUUAUAAGUGGUAAACAUUUAAUCAAGAAUUGAUUUUUUUAAUAGACAGUUUGAACUUUGACAAAACAAUUUCAAAAUGCAUCAACGCGCCCCUAUCGAUAUUUGAUUUGAUAACUUCUAUCUGCUCUUACACUGGAUUUCGUUAAUAGGUUAAUAGUAGUUUUCUCGUUGAAUGCAUUUAUAUUUUAUUUGAUGUUCUGUAGUCUGUGUUUUAAGUUGUACUUAUUGUAAACUCAGUUUGGUCCUUGCGCCUUUGUAUCAUGUACCUUUAUUUACGUUUAAUCCGGAUAAAUAAAAUGAACAAUCAAAUAAAUUUGCAGGUCUGGCAAUGAGAG